AUGGCUUCCCAAACCCAAGCCCAAGACACCGAUCAGCAUGUUGUUACGGACGGUGCUUCUCGGAAUAACGCUCCGUGUUCAAACGAAGCAAACCACGGCGAUGAUCUGAUUACCGCAGUCGAUCCUCAUCCCAAUACAACAUCGGAUGCCAAUGCCCAAGAUCCUUUAAGCUUAGGCCAGCACAAGAAGACCAUGCUAUCUCGAUCUUCGAUCAAGGCCACUUACCCGACUGGUAAUCAUAGAAAGAUCCACAAGUACUAUACUCGACAGAAUGCCCUCAUCGAUCAAUUCCUCCAAAGUAACGAUGAAGAAAGUUUGGCUGCACAAGAUUUCCAAAAGAAUGGAGCAAAGGUCAAGUGGGCCGUGAAUCUGAGUUUCAUGGUAAACUUCUGUUUGUUUAUCAUCCAAAUGUAUGCGGCCAUUUCGACCGGGUCCUUGUCGCUGUUUGCGACAGCAGCGGACGCGUUCAUGGACCUUGUCUCAUCGAUUGUGAUGUUGAUUACGUCGCGAAUGGCGGCUCGCCCAAAGCCCCACAAGUAUCCGGUUGGUCGGCGUCGGAUCGAAACGGUCGGCAUCAUUCUCUUCUGCGCGUUAAUGACGACUGUUGCUAUCCAAUUGAUCAUCGAAUCAGGCCGAGCCCUUGGCGCCCGGCGGUCAGAAUCUGGUGACGAAUUGCAUCUCAUCCCGUUGAUCUUCGUAGGCGUUGCUAUUUUCUCUAAAUUCUGCCUUUUCUGUUAUUGCUUUUGGCUCCGGAGAUACCCCGCCGCGCGGAUCUUCUUUAUCGAUCAUCGAAACGACUUGGCUGUUAAUAUUUUCGGCUUGAUAAUGUCCGUCGUUGGCAAUCGAUUCGUUUGGUACCUCGAUCCCAUCGGUGCCAUUUGUAUUGCCCUUCUCAUCCUUUUCUCCUGGGUUUCCACGGCUUUUGAGAACGUUUGGCUCUUGGUUGGCAAGGCAGCACCACGGGAAUUCGUCAACAAAUGCAUCUACGUUGCGCUCACCCAUGACAGCCGUAUCCAGAAGGUAGAUACUGUAAGUCUUUCUGCUUAUCUCCCUUUCCCAUACGACCCCUGUUCCGACCGCUGGGACAGCCCCACCAACUCCGUGCAACUAACAUCAAAUGUUAUUUUUCAGUGCCGAGCAUAUCAUGCGGGGGAACUCUACUACGUGGAAGUAGAUAUCAUCAUGGAUCCUACCACCCAGCUGAAGGACUCACACGACAUCAGUCAGGCUCUGCAGCGAAAACUGGAGGGCCUUGCAGCUGUUGAACGAGCGUUUGUGCACGUAGAUUAUGAGGAUGACCAUAACAUCCAUGAGGAGCACAAACCACUUUUUGAUCCGGCAACCUACCAGCAACCAAGGACGGUGAAAGAGUGGUUAAGGGACGUAUUGAGUGGUAAGCGGAAUCAAAAUUAA